AUGGAUGUGUCUGAGGAGAGAGAGGAGGGAGGUCUUACCUCUAAAACCACUCUGUCUGGAGAACAUGACAGCCAGACCAAAGCUAAGAGCCACCUAUUCAGGACCCACCAGGAGAGACCAGACUCCCCUGUACCCAGCUGUAUGUCCAUGAAGAGUAACCGGUCUCUAAAUCCACCUAUUUAUUUCAAAGAUGGACACCGCUCUACUGAACAGAGAGACCACCAGGAGUGGUCAGAGGUUCUCAGUGGUCAGUCUGUUCAGGAGCACCAAACAGACCUAGACUCCAUAUUUAUGCUGCUUGAGGAGAACAUUGUCACUUUUGUGAAGAAGGAGCUGAAGAAGUUCCAGAAGGUUCUGAGUACAGAUUACCCAGAGUGCUUAGAGAGACAGGGGGAGGAGGAGGAGGAGCAGAGGAGGAGUGCCAGAGAGGCACUUCUGAAGAUCACACUGUACUUCCUGAGGACUAUGAAGCAGCAGGAGCUGGCUGAUGUUCUGGAGAGCAAAACCCUGGUUCCUGUGUGCCCCCGGAUUAAACUCAAAUCUGCUCUGAAGGAGAAGUUUCAGUGUUUGUUUGAGGGCGUCGCUAAGCCAGGAGAGUCAACACUUCUGAAUCAGAUCUACACAGAGCUCUACAUCACAGAGGGAGGCAGUGGAGCGGUCAAUAAUGAACAUGAGGUCAGACAGAUUGAAACAGCGUCCAGGAGACCAGCGAGACCAGAAACAUCAAUCACAUGUGAAGACAUCUUUAAACCCUUACCUGGACAUGAUAAACCAAUCAGAACAUUGAUGACAAAGGGAGUGGCUGGCAUCGGGAAAACAGUCUUAACACAGAAGUUCACUCUGGACUGGGCUGAAGACAAAACCAACCACAAUAUACACUUCACAUUUCCAUUCACGUUCAGAGAGCUGAAUGUGCUGAAAGAUAAAGAGUUCAGCUUGGUGGGACUUCUUCAUAACUUCUUUAUUGAAACCAAAGAAGCAAGAAUCUGCAGCUUUGACGAGUUCCAAGUUGUGUUCAUCUUUGACGGUCUGGAUGAGUGUCGACUUCCUCUGGACUUCCAGAACAAUGAGAUCUGGACUGAUGUCACAAAGUCCACCUCGGUGGACGUGCUGCUGACAAACCUCAUCAAGGGGAAACUGCUUCCCUCUGCUCGCCUCUGGAUAACCACACGACCUGCAGCAGCCAACCAGAUCCCUCCUGAGUGGGUUGACGUGGUGACAGAAGUGAGAGGGUUCACUGAUCCACAGAAGAAGGAGUACUUCAGGAAGAGAUUCAGAAAAGAGGAGAAGGCUAGGAGAAUCAUCUCACACAUCAAGACGUCACGAAGCCUCCACAUCAUGUGUCACAUCCCAGUCUUCUGUUGGAUCACUGCUACAGUUCUGGAUCACGUGUUGAAAACAGAUGAGAGAGGAGAGAUGCCCAAGACCCUGACUGAGAUGUACAUCCACUUCCUGGUGGUUCAGUCCAUCCAGGCAAAUCUAAAGUAUUACGGGAGAGCUGAGACAGAGCCACACUGGAAUACAGACAGCAGGAAGAUAAUUGAGUCUCUGGGAAAACUGGCCUUUGAACAGCUGGAGAAAGGCAACCUGAUCUUCUAUGAAGCAGACCUGACAGAGUGUGGCAUUGACAUCAGAGCAGCCUCAGUGUAUUCAGGAGUGUUCACACAGAUCUUUAAAGAGGAGUGUGGGCUGUACCAGGACAAGGUCUUCUGCUUUGUCCAUCUGAGCAUUCAGGAGUUUCUGGCUGCUCUUUAUGUCUUUCUCUCAUUCAUCAACACUGGCGUCAAUCUGCUGUCAGAAACAUCCUCGACCCCCAAGCAGUCUUCAGAACCAGACCUGUACCAGACAGCAGUGGACAAGGCCUUACAGAGUCCAAAUGGACACCUGGACUUGUUCCUGCGCUUCCUGCUGGGCCUCUCACUGGAGACCAAUCAGAAUAUCCUACGAGGACUGAUGAAAAAUAUAGGAAGUAUAUCACAGACCAAACAGAAAACAGUCCUGUACAUCCAGAAGAAGAUCAGGGAGGAUCUGUCUCCAGAGAGAAGCAUCAAUCUGUUCCACUGUCUGAAUGAACUGAAUGACCAUUCUCUCGUGGAGGAGAUCCAACAGUACCUGACAUCAGGAAGUCUCUCCACAGACCAACUCUCUCCUGCUCAGUGGUCAGCUCUGGUCUUCAUUUUACUGUCUUCAGAAAAGGAGCUGAACAUAUUUGACCUGAGGAAAUACUCUGCUUCAGAGGAGGGUCUUCAGAGGUUGCUGCCAGUGGUCAAAGCCUCCAGUACAGCUCUGUUGAGUUCCUGUAAUCUGUCAGACAGAAGCUGUGAAGUUGUGUCCUCAGUUCUCAGCUCCACCUCCUCUAGUGUGAGAGAGCUAGACCUGAGUAACAAUGAUCUGCAGGAUUCAGGAGUGAAGCUGCUCUCUGCUGGACUGGGGAGUCCACAAUGUAGACUGGAAACUCUCAGGCUGUCGGGCUGUCUGGUCACAGAGGAAGGUGUUUCUUCUCUGCUCUCAGCUCUGAGCUCCAACCCGUCCCAUCUGAGAGAGCUGGACCUGAGCUACAACCAGCCAGGAGACUCAGGAGGGAAGCUGCUCUCUGCUGGACUGGAGGAUCCACACUGGAGACUGGACUCUCUCAGGCUGGACCAUGCUGGCGUGUGUUGGCUGAAGCCGGGUCUGAGGAAGUAUGCCUGCGAACUCACACUGGACCCAAACACAGCACACAGAGAGCUCCUUCUGUCUGAGGACAACAGAACGGUGAUUAAGGUGAUAGAGGAGCAGUCGUAUGCUGAUCAUCCAGACAGAUUUGACUACUGGGAACAGGUUCUAUGUAGAGAGCGUCUGACCGACCGCCGUUACAUGGAGGUGCAGUGGAAAGGAAGGGUUGAUGUAGGAGUGACUUACAGAGGAAUCACAAGGCAAGGAGGUGCCGUUGACUCUGUUCUUGGCUGUAAUGAAAAGUCCUGGAGUCUGCUGUGUUAUAGUAAUAAAUACACAGCCUGUCAUAAUAAUAGAAGAACAGAGUUAUGCAUCUCCUCCUCCUGCUGUGACAGAGUAGGAGUGUAUCUGGACUGCUCUGCUGGAACUCUGUCCUUCUACAGAGUCUCCUCUGACACACUGACACACCUCCACACCUUCACCUCCACAUUCACUGAACCUCUCCAUGUUGGGUUUAGGAUCAGGUCACCUGACUCGUCAGUGUGUCUGCGUCAGAUAGAGGAGGUAGAGACGCCUCCUGUGUCCCGGAGGAGCACUCACACUCCUGCCCAAACACACCCGCUGACAUGAUAGAUCACUCUGUACAGGA